UUUCAGUGUUGCGUUACCUUGCCUCGAAAAUGUAAAACACUAUUGCAAAAGCCUCUUCACUACAGUUAUUUAAGGGCAUAACUAGAGUGGAUCCUCUGACUUAUGGUCAUGUGUGACCCGGCAAAUCCUAGUGCUAAUUCCCUUGUGAAUACCAGAUGUACGGAUAACACUCCAGAACGUAAUAUUACUUUGGAUUCUAUUAUGGAGUUAAUCAUUCAGGAGCGAGAGCUUCGUACUGAAAACAUUUUAAGGAAAGGUUUCGAUGAGAUGAUCUUUUAUUAUUUUGUUCAUCAUCUUAAACAAAAUCAUAAAAAACCUGAAUUGAGUGUAUUUCGUAGAAAUAGUUCAAACCUUCCAAAAUUGACUGAUGAUUAUAUUGAUUGGGAGGAAACAGUGUAUCUUAACUUACUCAUGCAAUAUUUUGUUUAUGUUGUAACAGUUGCUGUAUGUACUCGUACUGGACCUCAAGAGUGGCAAAUUUUAAAGAAAUUUUCUCAAACAGUUUAUGCAUCGCCUAGUCAUAGACAAAUGAAUGUGAAAGGAAGUAAUGAAGAAAUAGUUUAUCCAGAUCUUUAUUUUACAAUCGAUAAUUAUGAAGAGGCAUUUGCUGAAUGUGUUCUUCGAGAUAGUGAAAGUAUCAGUGUUGAAUUGACCGCUUAUGAUCGUUCUGGACGUGUACAUGGUGUUUGUUUUAUUGGUACUAUUUCUUAUAAUGCUAUAAAACAAUUUUAUGAUUAUUCAUCUCAAACUUCUCGUUCAUUUGGUGGUAAUGUUGUUAAUCAUCAUUCUGGUUAUCGACAGAAUCGAUCAACAACAACAUCAACAACAAACACUGCACAUUCAUCUUCAUCUCCUCCAAAUAUCGAUAAUACACCAACUCAAUUUAUGCGAGUAAUUGGACCACAAGCCAAAGGAUCAGCUGAAAUAGCAAUUAAAUCAAUGAAAAAUAUUACUCAUCGAAAAUCAUUGGAUUCAAGUAAAACAGACGAUAUGAAACGAACAAAUUUUAUCACAAAAUGUUGUCAACCUAUUUGUCCCGUAGAAUCAAACAUGGAGUAUAAUUCUACAGACGAUUGGAUGUUUUACAAAAUGGAUUGGACACAUAAAACGGUGCAUUCUGAAGUAAUUACUCAACAACCAAUUAUAACAUGUAAAUCAACUAGUAUUGACUAUUACGAAUUUCCACCAGAGACCUGUUUAAAUGGAACCAAUCCUAACAAUAAAAAACUUGACUAUCUUCAAAACAUCUUAACAGAUACCAUACCGACAUUACGCCCAUCACCUUGGUCUGUUAAGUCUGCUGGAGCAAGUCUACACACAAGUCCUGUUCGACGAUUCAAAUAUAGUGUAGGCAGUAAAUGUUCUACUCCACGAAUUGGGCUACAAGAAUUCUCACCUACAUUAAACCAUAAAUGUAAAUUCAAUUCCGUAAACACAAUAAAUCUGUACCAGGAAUCAAAACCAUCAAAAGUCUCAGAAAUUCUCAGUGCAUUCACCGGUAUAAUGACGAAACAAUCAUUAGGUAAUGUUAAUCGAACAAAAUCAACCUCUACUAAUCCUAUGAAUUGUACGAAUAAAUCAAUUCAUAAAAACUCUACUAAUAUCAUAAUGUCACUUCCUACCAUGUGUGAUGAUGACCAUUCAAACAAUGAUCAAUUUAGAAAUUUUGAUUUUUACAAAGGUCAUUUAUAUGAAAAUCCUUUUACAAUAUCUGAUCGAAACAACUCAUUUGGACAGGCAUGGUCUUGGUUCAAGGAAAAAAGACGAACUGCCUCAGUCGGUUUAAUUACUAGUCCAACAUUUAUCACACUUCCUUGUCAAAAUAUCCUUGUCGAACUUCUUGAAGUCAGAAGAGAACCUAUCCUCAACUUUACAAGUCAGUAACUUUCAUAAAGUUGUCAGUACAUAUGAGGAGCUACUCAUAUGCUCAAGGAGUCCGUCCUAAUGUUUUUCAAGGAUCAGAAUAUUUUGUACAUCGAAAUCCAGCACAAACGUCGGAAUCAGUUGAUUUCGCCGCAUUCCAAACAUCACUUCCAUUCCGUCCAAACCAUCACUUGCCAGUCAGUUUCGCUGACCAGAACGUUACUCAUCUUUCUAAUGUUCAGUCACUUAUAUUUUGUGCGUAUUUAUUAUUUAUUUAUAAAUUGAUAUGACUUAUGAA